AUGAUCCCGCUAUCCCAUGAUCCCCCUGAUUCCAUUCCCACUGAUCCCGGUAUCCCGCUAUCCCCCCGAUCCCAUGAUCCCCCCCGAUGCCAUUCCCACGAUCCCGGUAUCCCGUUCCGGGCAGUGAGCGACCCGUCGGUCCCGUACGUGGGCACGGAGCCCUGGAGCCCGCCCGAGGCGCUGCAGCCGGGCGGGGCCAUCUCGGACCGCGCCGACGUCUUCGCCUUCGGCCUCACGCUCUGGGAGAUGCUGGCCCUGAGCGUGCCCCACCUGCCCCCGCCGCCCCAGGGCGGCUCCGACGAGGAGGAGGAGGAGGAGGAUUCCCUGGGCUCGGAGGAUUCCUGGGACGAGCGCGCGUACCUGGCGGCGCUGGGAUCGCGCCCGCCGCUGCCCCCGGAGGCGGCGCUGGAGCCGGCGCAGGCGCCGGUGCGGGAGCUCUUCUGCGCAUGCACCGCCCGCGAGCCCCGGCAGCGCCCCCCGGCGGCGCGAAUCGUGCGCGCGCUGGAGAGGGACGGGGCGGGAACGCCGGGAUAACAACGCAGCACCGGGAAUGGCGGGAUAACCACCGGGAACGGGGGGAUAACAUAGCACCGGGAAUGGGGGGGGAUAACACAGCACCGGGAAUGGGGGGGAUAACACAGCACCGGGAAUGGCGGGAAAACCACCGGGAACGGGGGGAUAACACAGCACCGGGAAUGGGGGGGAUAACACAGCACCGGGAAUGGGGGGGGAUAACACAGCACCGGGAAUGGGGGGGGAUAACACAGCACCGGGAAUGGGGGGGAUAACACAGCACCGGGAAUGGAGGGAUAACACACAGGGAAUGGCGGGAUAACACAGCACCGGGAAUGGGGGGGGAUAACACAGCACCGGGAAUGGUGGGAUAACCACCGGGAACGGGGGGAUAACACAGCACAGGGAACGCUGGGAUAACCACCGGGAACGGGGGGAUAACACAGCACCGGGAAUGGAGGGAUAAUGCACCGGGAACAGGGGUAUAACUGCCGGGAUAACACACUGGGAAUGGGGGAAUAACGCACAGAGAACAGCGGAAUAACACAGCACAGGGAAUGGAGGGAUAACGCACCGGGAACGGCAGGAUAAUGCACUGGGAAUGGGGGGAUAACACAGCACCGGGAACGCUGGGAUAACGCACUGGGAAUGCUGGGAUAACACAGUGGGAAUGGCGAGAGAACACAGCAGGAAUGGCGGGAUAACACACUGGGAACGCUGGGAUAAUGCACAGGGAGGGGAUGGCGGGAUAACACACAGGGAAUGUCAGGAUAACGCACUGGGAAUGCUGGGAUAAUGCACAGGGAAUGGUGAGACAACACACAGGGAAUGGCGGGAUAACGCACUGGGAAUGGCGGGAUAAUGUACCAGGAAUGGCGGGAGAACGCACCAGGAAUGGCGGGAUAACGCACUGGGAAUGGCGGGAUAACAGAGCAGGAAUGCUGGGAUAACGGAGCCCUGAGAGCCCAGGAUAACUGAGUGGGAAUUCUGGGAUUAUGGAGCCAGGAUUCCCAGGAAAAUGGAGCUGCAGUUCACAGGCUUAUGGAGCCCAGCAUUCCCGGCAUUCCAGAACCUUGGCCCUCCUGGAAUUCCAGUGGGAUGUGACUCUGGAGCUGGCAUUCCAGAGUUUAACAUUCCCAGAGCCCCAGCAUUCCCAGAAUAUCAGAUCCAUGACAUUCCCAGAUUUUCACAGCCCUGACAUCCCUGGAAUUCCAGAGCCCAGCAUUCCUGAGAUUCCAGAGCCCGGCCAUUCCCAGAUGUCCACACCCCUGACAUUCCCAGAAUUCCACUGCCCUGACAUUCCCAGAUUCCCAGCAGGAGGUGAUUCCCGACAUUCCCGGAUUUCCCUUUUUUGCUGGAGUUUCCCUCUUUUAGGGCAGCUUUUCCCUCCUUUUCCAGUUGGAUUUUCCCUCUUUUUCGGGCCGGAAUUUCCCAAGGUUCCAGGUUGGAUUCUCCCUUGUUGGGGGCUGGAUUUUCCCAAGUUUUUUUUUCCCGGAUUUUUCCCUCUUUUUUGGGGCUCAGAUUUUCCCUCCUUCCUCGUUUGGAUUUUCCCGAGUUUUUUUGGGUUGGAAUUUCCCGAGUUUUCCCCAUGGAUUUUCCCGGAUUUUCCCUCGGGGAACAUUCCCAAUAAAUCCACGUGUUCCUCUCUCUGGCA